AUGGAGCUCGAAGAGGAACGCCUCACCAUCCCCAUCAAUCCCAACAAUUUCCCAGCGAAAUUGUGGCGUUUGGUGAAUAACCCCAAAAAUCGAUCGAUACGUUGGGAUCCCUGUGGUGAGGGGUUGAUAAUCGACCAGCAGCUAUUUGAAUCAGAGCUGCUGUCACCCCAGAAACAAACGUUUGACACCACUGACCUUUUCAAAACAACCAACUUUACAAGCUUCAACCGCCAGCUGAAUCUUUAUGGGUUCAGGAAGGUGGUCCAUGGCCCCGGGGCCUCGGAGAAGAAUGAUGUCUCAUCUCCGAUGGAUGGGGUAAAACACCACUUCCACAACCCGAACUUCAAACAAGAUCAUCCCGAACUGCUGGUGAAUCUUAAGAGGCUGACAAGCAAAAACAAGGCGAAGAUGGAAGCUGGCCUAGAAGUGAACUGCCGGCCCCCAGCAAAUCGUUUCCACCGACUCAUGGCAAAUGGUGAUGGUGGUGAGGAGAGAGUUAAAUUAGAUAAAAGAGGUUCCAUGUUUGUUGGUCAGGUAAAACGACCAUCUCCUUACCAACAGUACCACCAAAGCAGAACCCAGCCCAUGAAGGACUAUGAUCGGACCCCUAUCCCACCCCGCGGCUGGAUCAUGGGUCAUGGGGAUGCCCCCUCCCCCACCACCUUCUACACAGACAAGGGAAUCCCCAUAUCUGUCAUCCACCGGUUCCCUUCAGACACUUCCUGCACUGUGCAGUCCAGUCCGACUACUGUGCACAUCCAGCAGGGUUCACAAAGCCUGGCAAACAACUUGAUCCCACACCAUGCUCAGUACCGACCUGGAUUCUAUUCCCCUGCAUCAGUGUGCCAAUGCUGCCCCCCAGGCUCAAUGAACUCAGACUGUCAUAGUGCCCACCAGACAACUCCCUCAUACUCCCAUUACAGCUAUUACCAGCCAAACUGUCCUGUGGGCUUUCUGUAUCCUGGCAAUCAAAACCAGGACUGGCAGAGCAGUGAAACCCAGGAGACCAAGAAGAGCGAUGUCAACCUGGACACAGUCUUCCAGCUAGUGGACGAGUUGCACCACAAUUCCCCCAAAAUACGCAUGGUCAAAGUGGAGACCCCAGAGCGCCAGCAGCCAGUCCUGUCCACCUCUACAUCAUCAGGGCCCCAGCCCAUCACCACCAUACACAGCUCCCCUCACACAGUCACUGUCUCCUCCCAGCUUGACUCCUCUUUUAACUCCAGCCCAGUGACUUCACGCGGGCCCAUCAUUAUAGCAGUCCCGGGGAACGUUCCUCCUCAGGGAAUAGCCAUCACUGUCGGUGGUCCCAAGGCUGAGCAAGCAGUGAAGAGGGAGGACAAACCUGUGUCUGUGGAUGCCUAUCAGAAGUGCCCUGAGGAAGCAUCAGAGUACAUCACCAAGGUGAAGGAGAUCCAGGUGUUGGACUCAGACGUCUGCAGUGUUCUACAUGAUGUUACUGUCUGCAGCCUCAGCCUGGAGAACAAGCACCAGACAGCAAACUAAAU